GCAGGCUCUCUGUAGGAGGGAGCACGCUGUGAAAAUCUCAUCGAGAAUCCACUGGAGGAGCUCUUCCGUGUCCAAUGGCUGCUGCCGGUCAGUGGGCCGUGAUAAUUGAGUUCAAGCCUCUAUAAAUUGUUGCCGCAUACAGAGGCAGGUAGAGUUGCCGGUCCUCGAUCCUGUGUUUGUUUGACUAACGCUGAAGAUGGAAAAUACCCAGAACAAAGUGCAGAGGAAGCCUGUUCGCCUCAUCGCGGCGGCCUGCAAUGAGAUGGGCAUCGGGAAAGAGGGGGGAAUGCCCUGGAGUUUACCAUCUGAAUUCCAGUGGUUCCUGAACAAAGUCACAACGGUGUCAAGACCAGGAAAGUUCAACAUGAUCGUGUGGGGGAAAAAGAGCUGGUUCUCCCACCCAGAAAGUACUUUCCCACUGCCCAAUACUCUUCAUGCGGUGUUGAGUUUGACACUGGACUCACCUCCAGAUCAUGCCCACUUUGUGUGUUCAGACUUAGAGGCAGCUGUCCACCUGGCUGGGAGCCCCCCCCUCGCUGACCUGAUAGAGACCAUCUGGAUUGUUGGAGGAGUGCAGGUCUACAAGGAAGCUCUGCUGCAUCGGUGGUGUGACUUGGUUUACCUUACGAAGGUCAUGGCAGACUUUGACUGCGACGUUUUCUUCCCCGAGUUUGACAGAGAACUCUUUAAACUACAAGAAGGAUUUCCUGGUGUACCGAGUGAAAUUCAAGAAGAGAAGGGUGUUAAGUACCAAUUCCAAGUAUUCAAGAGAGAGACCGGCGACAGGGUUUAGACACUUAACAGAGAAAAACUCAAAGUCACUCAUUACUUGAUUACCUUUCAAGAUCGAUUGCAGAGUCAACUCAUGGACAGGGAAAGCCAAAGUCUUGCUAUCACUUUUUGUAUUAUAUGGAACAUUCCAGUGUUAAUACUCUUUGACAUGCUUGAAAUCCCAUUCUUGUUUUAAAUUUAAAAAACAGCCACCCGCAAAGCCAACUCUUUGAACUUCGAGCUAAUGUUUGCAACUAGUGACACUCUUAAAUACUUCUUUCCGAGAACAAUCAGAGAGUGGAACUUGCUACCAAAAGAAGCUGUCAUCGCAGAAACCGUGGAGUGCUUCCGGCAAAUUUUAAGAGACAUUUAGCGGGGAUCAUCCAUCCCCCACUGAGCGUGAUACCUCUGGGUUCUGCUCAGUAUUAAUCCAGAUCCAGACAUCUUGUCAGGUUUCCCCACUCGUCCUCAGUAAGUGUGCAGCUGCAAAGAGAAAAGGGUAACAAAUAAUGAGACGUACUUUUGGAUGAAGGUUUUAUCUGUCUAGUCUUUUGUAAAUUUGAUAGUUUUUUCAUGAAAUGGUUAAAAGAAAUGCAUCAAGAAACAACUGAAUUUUUGUGAACUUACUUUUAAUGAAAAAAAUAAAACAAUCCUUCCUCA